AUGAGUUUGCUUCAUGUAAUUGGGUUUGGUCUAAAAGUGGGACAUCUGCUUUUAGUGCUAUGUUGCUGGAUUGUAUCUAUCAUUUAUAUCAACUGGUUCAUUAGUAUGGACACAAAGAUGGGAUUUUUAGGAGAUGGUGGCAAGAUGUGGCUUAAAUGGUGGGAGAAGAUCUUGGGGAGUGUGUGUAGAAUUCAUCAACAGUAUUAUCAGUGUAUUGGGUCUAAGAAAGUUAGGAGAAAGUUGUGGAGGAAAUUGUUGUUGACAUGGGUUUUGGGUUGGUGUAUUGUGUCUUUGUGGAUCUUUUGUUUUAUGAAUCUGCAAGUUACUGAGAAGAGGAAAGAGACUCUUGCUAGUAUGUGUGAUGAAAGAGCUAGGAUGCUUCAAGAUCAGUUUAAUGUUAGUAUGAAUCAUAUUCAAGCCAUGUCGAUUUUGAUCUCAACUUUCCAUCAUGCUAAGAAUCCUUCUGCCAUUGACCAGAGAACGUUUGCGAAGUAUACAGAAAGAACAGCUUUUGAGAGGCCGCUUACAAGUGGUGUUGCAUAUGCUGUAAGGGUGCUUCAAUCUGAAAGGGAACAAUUUGAGAAGCAACAAGGGUGGAGUAUUAAAAGGAUGGAUACGAUGGAGCAGAACCCGGUUCAUGAGGAUGAUUAUGUACCGGAUGAAUUGGAACCGUCACCUAUCCAUGAAGAAUAUGCUCCUGUCAUUUUUGCACAAGAUACAAUUUCACAUGUCAUAUCUAUUGAUGUGCUUUCAGGAAAGGAAGACCGUGAAAAUGUGCUGCGUGCGAGAGAAUCAGGUAAAGGGGUUUUAACUGCUCCCUUCAGGCUGUUGAAAACAAACCGUCUAGGUGUUAUCCUCACGUUUGCGGUCUACAAGAGAGAUCUUCCGCCAAACGCUACCCCGAAUGAAAGGAUUCAAGCCACUGAUGGGUAUCUUGGCGGGGUGUUUGAAAUAGAAUCGUUAGUCGAGAAAUUGCUUCAGCAACUUGCCAGCAAGCAAAGUGUAAUUGUUAGUGUGUAUGAUACGACAAAUCAUACACAUUCAAUUCCGAUGUAUGGUUCUGAUGUAUCGGGUGAUGAGUUCUAUCAUGUGAGCUUUCUUAACUUUGGAGAUCCUUUCAGAAAGCAUGAGAUGCACUGCAGGUUCAAGCAGAAACCUCCAUGGCCGUGGCUGGCAAUAACUACAUCGUUUGGCAUCCUUGUAAUUGCACUCCUUGUUGGACAUAUAUGUCAUGCAACUGUGAAUCGAAUUGCCAACGUAGAGGACGCUUGCCGUAAGAUGACGGAGCUUAAAAAACUAGCUGAGGCAGCCGAUGUUGCUAAAUCUCAGUUCCUGGCUACUGUUUCGCACGAGAUCAGAACUCCAAUGAACGGUGUUUUAGGGAUGAUGAAUAUGCUCAUGGACACCGAUCUCGAUGUAACACAACAGGAAUAUGUCAGAACUGCACAAGGCAGUGGAAAAGCUCUGGUGUCAAUUAUAAACGAAGUUUUGGACCAGGCAAAAAUUGAUUCUGGUAAGCUAGAGCUCGAGGCAGUGAUGUUCGACAUACGAGCAAUCAUGGAUGAUGUAUUGUCCCUAUUUUCGGAAAAAUCUCAAGGAAAAGGAGUAGAGUUAGCAGUUUAUGUCUCGGAUCAGGUUCCUCAACAGCUUAUAGGUGAUCCAGGAAGGUUUCGACAAAUAAUUACGAAUCUCAUGGGUAACUCGAUUAAGUUCACAGACAAAGGACAUAUCUUUGUCACUAUCCAUCUUGUUGAGGAGGUUUUCCAUUCAAUAGAAGUUGAGCGAGAAUUCACUAAAGAAACAGAUGAUACGUUAAGUGGUUCCCCGGUUGCCAAUGGUCGCCGAAGCUGGGAAGGAUUCACAGCUUUCAGUCACGAGGGACCUCUUGGCUAUUUCUCGUCCCCGUCUUCCACUGAUCUCAUCAAUUUGAUUGUAUCGGUUGAGGAUACCGGUGAAGGUAUUCCUCUAGAGUCUCAGGUGAAGAUAUUCACUCCAUUCAUGCAGGUAAAUCCAUCUAUCUCGAGAAAACACGGUGGAACUGGUAUUGGUUUAAGCAUUAGCAAAUGUUUGGUUGGCCUCAUGAAGGGAGAAAUCGGAUUCGUGAGUGAACCGGGCAUUGGAAGCACUUUCACAUUUACGGCUCGUUUCACCAAUGCAUGUCCUGAUUCAAAUGAAAUUAAAACUCAGAAAAUCAGCAACCAACCUCAUCCUGCAUGCUCGGAGUUUAACGGUAUGGCUGCGUUAGUUAUUGAUCCGAGACCUGUUAGAGCUAAAGUGUCGAGAUAUCACAUUCAACGGCUUGGAAUUCAUGUUGAAAUAAAAUCAGAUUUAAAGCAAGGUUUGUCCACCGUAACCGAUGGGAAUGUAGCUAUCAAUAUGGUCCUGAUUGAACAAGAGGUUUGGGAAAGAGACACAGGCAUUUCAUCGCAAUUUGUGAAUAACAUUAGGAAAAUUCUUGAAGUUGAUAAAGGGAUUCCUCCAAAACUAUUUGUUCUUGUUAAUUCUACUAGUUCUUUUAGACUAAGUUCUUCUGUGACUUCAUGUGUUCAUAAUCCAACCGUCGUCACAAAACCUUUAAGAGCAAGUAUGCUAGCGGCUUCGCUACAAAGAGCCAUGGGUGUUGGGAACAAAGGAAAUCCUCGAAACGGAGAACAUCAGGGUUUGUCUCUCCACCAUCUUCUUUCCAAGAGAAAGAUUCUUAUUGUAGAUGAUAAUAGUGUGAACCGCACCGUAGCCGCUGGUGCUUUAAAAAAAUAUGGAGCUAGUGUGGUUUGUGUAAGCAGUGGAAAAGAAGCCAUCUCUAUGUUGAAACCGCCUCAUCAGUUCGAUGCAUGUUUCAUGGACAUUCAAAUGCCUGAAAUGGACGGGUUUGAAGCUACACAGCGAAUUCGAAAGAUUGAAAACAACGUGAACAACAAAGAAUUGUACGUUCAUCUACCGAUUUUGGCUAUGACAGCAGACGUGAUGCAGGCUACACAAGAGGAAUGCUUAAAGUAUGGGAUGGAUGGAUAUGUUUCAAAACCGUUUGAAGCGGAACAACUUUAUAGAGAGGUUUCAAAGUUUUUCCAAUCAUCAUGA